AUGGCAGAAGGAACAGAAUCUAUCACCAACUUUGUUAUGCAGCUCGAUGAAACGCCCACUAUUAUUCCAGAUGUGGUCACCUCAAGUUUCCUCAAUUCAGCAGGAUUUGAAGCUAGCGAUCCCCGAUUAGUCAAGCUAGUGUCAUUGGCCGGUCAAAAGUUUAUAGCAGAAAUAGUUAAUGAUGCCCUUCAACAUUGCAGAGUCAAAUCAUCUGGACAGAACAAGAAGCAAUCCAAAGAUAAAAAAUUGACGCUGACGAUGGAGGACCUGAGCCCAGCCCUGGCAGAUCACGGAAUCCACGCUGUUAAGCCCCCAUAUUGUUUAUAA